AUGCCGGCUGCCGCAGUCAAGACGCCCGCCUCGGAGACGGAGGCUGGGGGAGAAGGAGGAGGAGGAGGCGGUGGAGGGGACGGUCAUCGCGUCACGGCGCCCCAGUGGGAGGCGUCGGGGCCGGGCCGAGCGGAGAGACCGCCGCUCCCGUCGCUCAAGGUGUCGCGGGAACUGCUGAGGAGCUUCCCACACUCCAAGAGGGUGGGGUCCUACCUGGUGGGCAAGAUGAUCAACAAGGGCUCCUUCGCCAAGGUGAUGGAGGGGCUGCACAUCGGCACCGGAGAGAAGGUGGCCAUCAAGGUGAUUGACAAGAAGAAGGCGCGUCUGGACUCCUAUGUGCUCAAGAACAUGAAGAGGGAGCCACGCAUCCACCAGAUGGUCCGGCAUCCACACAUCGUGGUUCUGCUGGAGACCCUUGAAACGGAGAACAGCUACUACAUGGCCAUGGAGCUGUGCGUCGGGGGCGACCUGAUGGACAGAAUCUGCGAGCGGAAGAGGCUGGAGGAGCGGGAGGUGCGGCGCUACACCCGGCAGAUCCUCUCCGGCGUGGAGCACCUCCACCAGCACGGCAUCGUGCACAGAGAUCUGAAGAUUGAGAACUUCCUCCUGGACGAGCAUAACAAUAUCAAGAUUGUGGACUUUGGUCUGAGCAACACUCUGAAAGCGGAGUCUCUGUCUCUGGAUCUUCUUAACACCCAGUGUGGAAGUCCCGCCUACGCUGCCCCGGAACUGCUGGCUCACAGGAAGUACGGCCCCAAAGUGGACGUCUGGUCCGUGGGUGUAAGCAUGUUUGCCAUGCUCACGGGGACUCUGCCCUUCAUGGUGGAGCCGUUCAACAUCAAACAGCUGCACCAGAAGAUGGUCAACGGAGAGAUCAGUGCCAUACCCAACGACGUCAGCAAAGGGGCCGUGGGGUUCGUCCUGUCUCUGCUGGAGGCCGACCCGGCCAAGAGACCCAGCAUCCGAGCCGCCAUGGAGGAGAGAUGGCUCAACGAGGGAUACGCCAAGAAGCCCCUGCUGUCGCUCUUUCAUAAGAACAGGCUGAGUGCAGAGGAGCUGAACUCGUCAGUGGUGACCUACAUGACGGAGACGCUGGGCUACUCCGUGGCGGACGUCCUGCACACGCUCACCAACAACAGGCCAUCCUCCAUCAUGGCCUCCUACCACCUGCUGCUCAACAAGCUCUGCAGGGGCCAGAAGGCCGAGAGAAAACCGAACAAGAAGCGCAACGGCAACGAGGGAAGCCUGCCCAGUACAAACACAUGGAGGGGCAGGAAGGGUAGUGGAUCCAAGACUCAACCACAGAAGGAGGCGGCCGGCGAGAACGUCAACCAUCAGCCCGCCUUCCGCCCGCUGAGGAGUCAGAACCAGCGGAGGAGGAGCGGAGACCCCUUCAGGAGGGACCAGGGGGGAGACGAUGAGGAGAACCGGCCCCCCUUCUCCCCGCCCCCGGCUCCUCCCCUGGCCGGAGAAGGCGGGAUCUCAGACGAGGAGGUCGCCAUCACCGUGGACACCAGGGAGCUGGUGUUUCCUAAAGUGUCCAUGUUCGGGGACAGGGAGCUGGUCCAUCUCUCCCCGCCCAAAAACUCUGCCACCAAGCUCUGUGACUCCGCCCCCUGCCAAGUCCUCGACACCAGCGAGCCGACGCCAGACGCCAGCAGCAGCGCCGCCAGAUCCCACGCCCGACCCCCCCACCUGCUGCGGACCACCCACUCGGACGGCGCCACGGACCCCCGCGGGGAGGCGGGUUACCACGACAACCGUCACCCGGACAACCACAGCCGCCGCCUGAGCGGCAGCGAGCGGCUGGAGAAGCUGCAGACUUUCUACUCGUCGGAAAAGGCGGGAAUAUCUCCCAGGAUGCUCCUGGAGGCCGACGUCAAAGCCCCGUUCGACCCGGAGCGGGGGGGCCGCCUGGGGGGGAAGAACGCCAUGGAAACGGCCAAGGUGUCGCCGCCGGCAACCCUGCCCCGCCUGCGUCAUGUGGGCCUCAAAGUGGGCGGGGCUGGCGGCGGCGGCGGCAGGAAACUCACAUGGGUGGGGCUGACCCGGACGGGACCCCCGGGGUUCAUGGUGAACGGGUCCAAGCCGCCCGCCUUCCCCUCGCAGAGACUGCACGCCCUGGGGGCCAAGGGCCUGAGGGGGGACCGCGGCAAGAGGGCGGGGGAGUCGGCCAGAGGAGGGGGGGGAGGAGGGACAGCGGGGGCUGGGGGCACGGGGGUCAAGCGCAACACGGUGCAGCUGCGUCCGUCCCUCCAGCACCGCGUGGCCGAGCUGAACCUGCCGCUGCUGCCCGCCGCCCUGCAGGGGAAGACGGAGAGGAAGAGCCACCUGCACAGCAUGGAUUACUGA